GGGGGUGAAAUAGAUUAAAUACAAGAAGAGAAGAACAUUCUUGGAGGAUCACUCAGACACCACACACCUUUGGAGGGAUGCAGUAUAAAGUGUAGGUAGCAAAUUUUGAGAGACAGGAAACAGUUGAAGAAAGAGGGAUUUCCAGGUUGUUAACUUAAAAGCUCCAGGUGGUAAUGGUAUGGAUUCCCUAACAAAGAAAACCAAACAAGACGGAUCUGAAGUCACCGAAAGAUUUAUUACGGAGACUGUAACCACAAGACUGACAUCCUUACCACCAAAAGGAGGGAGCAGCAGUGGGAUCAAAACAUCAGCCCAUGGCGGAGGGAGCGGAGUAGAAAAGAGGAGUUACACCCAUGGCAGCAGCUAUGUGACUUCAAGUGGAAGUGGUAGAAUGAAUUCUUCCUCCUCAUCCUCCGGCUACAGGCAGGCACAGUCUCCCAGCUCUACUCUCACCAAAUCACCUGCCUCAACCUUUGAAAGAAAAACUUAUGUCACUCGCCAUGCAACAUAUGAAGGGAGCUCCAGUGCAAAUUCAUCUCCAGAAUUCCCUAGAAAGGAGUUGGCAUCUUCCGCAACUAGAGGACGAAGUCAAAGCCGAGAGAGUGAAAUCCGAGUACGGUUACAGAGUGCUUCUCCCUCGACCAGAUGGACCGAACUGGAUGAUGUGAAGCGUCUAGUGAAAGGAAGUCGCUCGGCCAGCUGCAGUCCCACUCGUUCACCAUCCAGCACUCUCCCGAUCCCCAAGAAAGCUGUGAUGGAGACGAAGAUGGUAACAGAGAGCUCCCAGUCAGUGUCAGGGACCUAUGACACAACUAUCCUGAAUGCUGCCCUCCCCUCAUACAUGUGGUCCUCCACUCUGCCUGCAGGGACUUCCCUUGGUGGCUACCAUAACAACAUGGCCCAGAGCUCUUCCCUAAUCAAUGCCAUGUCCCAUUCUACAGGAUCAGUGUUUGGAGUCCCUAAUAACCUGGCUCCCAGCAAUCCCAGUCUGAACGCAGGGCUGAGCACAUCCUCAACAGUGUUUGGCGUUCAAAACAACCUGGUUCCACCCCCUGCAGCCAUGACCCACAGUGCAACCACAGCCUCUACAGUAUAUGGUGUGAAGAACAGUUCUUCCCAGAGCAAUGCUGCAGCUACUACUGGUGUGGCUACUGCAACUGCUGGCAGCAGGCUGAAUUCCCAGAGUGAUGACGUUCUGCGCAAAGACUGCAAGUUCCUGCUCUUGGAGAAGGAGAAUAUCCCUGCCAAGAAGGAGAUGGAGCUCUUGAUCAUGACCAAGGACAGUGGGAAGGUCUUUACUGCUUCUAGCACUGGGCUCAAUGGAGGCUUCUUAGAAGACACCUUGAAGAAAGAAAAGCAUGGUGUUUCUUCUUCUUAUGCUGCAGACUCCUACCUGAAAUCUGAAGGAAAUGGAGGUCUAAAAUCAGUGUCAACAAAGGACAAAGCAACCUAUGCUGAAAUACAUGGUGAUGGUGGAGGGGGAGGGAUUGGAGCAGCUCCAGCCUGGUGUCCCUGUGGUUCCUCUUGUAGCUGGUGGAAGUGGCUCCUAGGUCUGCUCCUCACCUGGUUGCUUCUCCUUGGAUUGCUCUUUGGACUCAUUGCGUUGGCGGAAGAAGUGAGGAAGCUGAAAGCUCGUGUGGCAGCCCUGGAAGAAAGCAAAUUGAGUUACAUGACAGAAAAUGCUAUUUUGCAGUACAAGCAGGGGCUAGGUACAAGCGCUGCUGAAUCUCAACAUGGUCUUAAUGAUUACAUCUGGAUGGCUGUGAAGGGUAGACUGGAUGAAGAAAAGAAAAAUGGCUUCUGGAGAGGGGAACCUGGCCCAAAAGGUGACAGGGGAAUGCCAGGUCCCAAAGGAGACCAAGGACUUCCUGGUAUGCCAGGUCUGAUUGGACAUCCAGGACCAGAAGGGCCGAAGGGACAGAAAGGCAGUGUGGGUGAACCUGGCAUGGAAGGACCCAUGGGGCAAAGAGGGCGAGAAGGACUUCCAGGGCCUCGUGGGGAGCCUGGACCACCUGGAUUUGGCGAGAAAGGAGACAGAGGUGCUGUUGGUGAGCCAGGACUUCCAGGGCCACCUGGUGCCCCAGGUUCUGUUGGUCCCAAAGGUAUGACAGGUUCUCCAGGCCCACAUGGUCCUCCAGGUCCUCCAGGCCUCCAGGGAUUUAGAGGUGAAGCAGGUCUCCCAGGUCCUAAAGGUGACAAAGGAGCUGCAGGACCACCUGGACCCAAAGGUGAUCAAGGUGAAAAAGGUCCUCGUGGUCUGACAGGUGAACAAGGAGCCAGAGGAUUGCCUGGUCUUGCAGGAGAACCAGGAGCUAAAGGUUCAGUAGGUCCAGCUGGUCCUGAUGGACUCCAAGGCCCAAGAGGUGAACAAGGUCUCAUGGGAUUGCCAGGAAUACGAGGCCCACCUGGACCCCCUGGAGAUUCAGGACAGCCAGGUCUCACAGGACCUCCAGGACCUCCAGGCCUUCCAGGCAACCCAGGUCAACCAGGAAUUAAAGGUGAACCUGGAGCUCCAGGCAGAAUUAUCAAUGGAGGGGAUUCCUCAACUAUUGCCCUUCCUGGCUCCCCAGGGCCUCCAGGCCCAGCUGGACCCCAAGGCCCACCAGGUGCCCCAGGUCCUGCUGGACCAGCUGGUCUCCCUGGACAGCAAGGUCCACGUGGUGAGGCAGGGAUCACAAGUGAAGCCUUUGUGGAAACUGUCAAAGCAGAAGUUGCAUCUCAAGUAUUGACAAGUGCAGGAGAACGAUUUGGGCUUCCCGGUCCUCCAGGCCCUCCUGGCCCCCCAGGUGCUUCUAUUCAGGGACCAGCUGGACCUCGCGGCCCUCCAGGAGAAGGGCUUCCCGGCCCACGGGGCCCACCAGGAGAACCAGGGUCUUUCGUGCCCACAUCAGAAACAUUCUUCGCAGGCCCACCUGGCCCACCAGGCCCACCAGGACCAAAGGGAGAACAGGGUGAACGAGGACCACGUGGAUUCACAGGUGAACCAGGUCAGCCUGGCCUUCCAGGAUACUCUUCAGGUGUGGAUAUUGGUAUGCAGGGACCUCCGGGCCCACCUGGACCCAAAGGAGACAAAGGUGACGCUGGCAUCCCAGGAGCUCCGGGCAUCCCUGGACUGGGUUAUGUAGAUGAAUAUUCAAGACAAGGUCAAGGUCUUCCUGGUCCUCCGGGCCCACCAGGUCCCCCAGGCCCUGUUGGAGGCUCAGCGCAAGAGGUUCAACAGUAUGUCGCCGAGUACCUGCAGAGUGACAGCAUGAGGCACUAUCUGAUUGGACCUCAGGGCCCACCGGGACCCCCAGGACAACCGGGAAUGAUCAUCACUGGUAGUGGAGACACCUUGGACUAUGCAGAGCUGGCCCAGCGGGUCAUGGCCUACAUACAAAGUUACAGCUACGAGUCCACUGCUUUGUCCACCUUAUUCAAAGCUUCCUUUUCUUAUGAAGAUCUCCUGGCCAUGCUGCAGAAAAAAGAAGUUCGCCAGUAUCUAAUUGGACUUCAGGGUUCCUCAGGAGAAAACAGUUUGGCAGUGUCCCUGGACUAUGAUGAUUUGGCCAGGCGGGUUAUCAACUACUUGACGAGCUCUGGGAUCAGCAUUGGGCUUCCUGGACCACCAGGCCCACCAGGGCCCCCAGGAUUGUCUGGCACCUCUUAUGAUGAGAUUGCGGCUUGGCUCCGAGACUCCAAGUUUAAUGGCAUCGUUGGACCUCCAGGCCCCCCAGGCCCUCCAGGACUUCAAGGGCCCGCAGGCCGCUCGGGCAGCUCACUCGAGGAAGUCGUCAGCUACCUACAAAGCAUAGGAUACACCUCCAAUUCUGGACUCCCGGGACCACCAGGACCUCCAGGACCCCCGGGUCCCCCGACUUUCUCUGGGACUGACAUCAUUUCCUACGCUAGUGUUGCUCAGAAUGAUGAAUUCAGGAGUGAGCUGAUCAAAUUUAUAACCAGUGACGGCAUUCGAAGCUACAUCUCCGGGCCUCCGGGGCCUCCGGGGCCGCGGGGACCACCUGGGCCAAAAGGAGAUAGCGGCAUCAUAGCUGGGUCUGUAUCUACAUCAUACAGGGGAUCCCUGGGCACUGAUGGAUCAUAUGGAGGAUCUUUGGGCACCGGUGGAGCAUACGGAGGAUCCCUGGGUACAGGUGGAUCCUAUGACGGGUCCCUGGCUGCCGGAGGAUCACGUAGCAGCUCGAUGGGCAGUGAUGGGUCAUAUGGCAGCUCAAUGGGUGGUGCUGGGUCAUACGGUGUCUCGAUGGGUGCUGAAGGAUCACAAGAAGGGUCCCUGAGAGCAGGAGGAUCGCAGGGAAUGUCGAGCUCAAGAAGGUACUACAGCGAGUCCUUCACUGGGCCACUGGAUUUCAACGAGCUGGCGCUGCGGGUGUCCGAGAGCAUCCACAGUCGAGGUCUCCUCCAGGACCUGAUGACUUACUCUGUGCAGGGGCCACCAGGCCCCCCGGGGCCACCUGGAGUCAGCAAGGUGUUUGCAUCCUAUGGCAACGUCACUGCAGACCUAAUGGACUUCUUCAGGACCUAUGGUACCAUCCCAGGCCCGCCUGGUGCAAAGGGAGACAUGGGUCACCCAGGUCCCAAAGGUGAACGUGGACCGAUGGGGCCUCCAGGACACCAGGGCCCAAGGGGACCAAAGGGCGAGAAAGGAGAGAAGGGAGAACAAGUCUACGUUGGCAGAAGGAAAAGGAGAAGCGUUGGGAGUCGGGGUCUGAAAUAAGCCCAUGGAUCACCAUUCCCUAGCGCAGCCACCUCUGCACCCCGAGUACUGAAUUAGCCUGACCCUUUCAUGGCUUACUGCUCGCACACCCUCCAAGCCUGGCCACUGACAACAUAGACUUGUGCCGUUUGAUGCAGCUGUUGUGAUUUGAAUGAACCUCAUUUAUACGUGCCCGGUGCUGGCCUGACCUGGGGGCGUCUGCUCCCAUGCAUUAAUCUCUGUGCUAAUCCCCCUGGAACGUCCGCACUGAGAAUUGUACCCGAACUCGUGGAUUUAUGCCUCUUAAGUCUGACUUUGUGCAUUGGUGCCAGCUACUGAAGCACAGUGAAAUCUGGUCCAACCAACCAGUCACGCAGUCAGGGGAACAGAAAAGCCCACAGUCCUGGAGAUUAAAAUCUACCAGGCAAGUGAGUUUUCUGAGCCAAGGCUGUUAAUCAGAGCUUGGGCUGGGGGGACUGGGAGGCGUUCAGGGAUCCUGGAGCAGGAUGUUCCAAUCCCUGAGACGCCCCCAGCGAUGGUUUCACUGUACUUCUGUCCCCACGAAGGACGGCAGGGCUGGGUCGGUCGGUCUCUUUUUUCUGUAGUAUUCUCUUGGUGCAUUUGGUCUAUAAGCAACCACAGCUGAAGACAGUGGCAGGGUAAGGAGCUCGUCCAAGCAUCUGAAGAAAGGCUGAAGCGCUCGAUCCCUCAUCUGGGAAGUCAGAUGGGCCCUCUAUCACCCAAUGGGAUGCAUAAUGCAUCCGGAAGAGAAGCUUUAGCACAGUCAGCUCUCAGACUUGGGUGACGCGGUGAGAGACAGGCCUUAUCUUGCCUGCACUAUACCCCACCUCACCCCCCCGGACUUGCGGUGGAAGGACCGUAAGCAUCUGAUUUUUGCCCACGUAUAAGCCCCGCACUGUCUUCUUUUAUCUACAUCCUUCCUUUUGGUGCACUUGAUUCGGUCGGUGAGAGGUCCCUUCCUGCGAUGCAGCGAUCCGUGUAACUGCCAACGGUUGACGUUGCAUCCUUCCCACGUAUCGGCUUCUGAGAGCGCUCGUACAGCAGCGCAGCGUACUAACGCACGCGCAGGGGGCAGGUGCCCACACGCUACACGGGCAACUUUAUCUGGCCACCCCCUUUUCAUUCUCAUCAUUAACAGCAUCGCCAAGACGUGAAGGGGAAUGGGGAACAAUUAGAGAUUCAGCACUUUUGUUAGACCUAAUUUGUAGACUUUUUUUUUUUUUGUAAAGGUAUUUUUAUAUGGUUCUUGUUUUAAUUUGGAAGAAACCCCCCCAAGUUUUAUAUUAUGAUCCUCAUUAAAAUGUUUUAACCAUG